AUGACGACGACCCGCACCGAGUUCUGGACCACGCUGGAGCCCUUCGUCCGAGACGUCAUAGUCUCGCAAGGCGUCAUGUUGGUUACAGAUCACUUUGCGUUGCUGAAGGCGACAAGUCUACUGCCCGAUGGAUAUCGCGAGGACCCGACGGCCCAGCCAGGAUUUGACACCGUGAUGAGACUACUGAGCGCACCGUAUCGCAUCAGCGACGAAAGCCCAGGAUACUCAGAUGUCAAGAUUCUAGUGCGCGCAUUUGUCGAUGCGAACAAGCAUCGGGUGUUGUGGGGCAGCGAUUGGCCGCAUACACCGCGAAUGAAAAUCCGGACACACGAGGCUGCCAUGAAGGAGACGCCGUAUCUUGAGGUAGAUGAUGCGGCAUGGCUCAAGAGCCUGAGGUCUUGGCUUUCAGACGAAGAGUGGGAUCUGCUAAUGGUUCAGAAUCCAAGCCAUAUUUUUGGACAGUGA